UGAAUGGUUAAAAGAAGCAAAAACGCGAACAACGCGACGAAUGUAAAUUAUAAAUAACAAUAAUUUAGUGAUAAGUUGAUAGUUGGUGCCAUAUAUGCAAAAGUGAUGACGGCACAUGAAAACGAGGUCCAGCUUUUCAACCGGGGUGAGAAAGUCCUGUGCUACGAGCCCGACGAAUCGAAGGCUAGGGUCUUGUACGACAGUAAGGUUUUGGCCGUGUACGAGCGAAAGGACGCUGCAAAUCUACGCUACUUUGAUUACAAAAUCCAUUUUCAAGGCUGGAACUCAUCCUGGGAUCGAAAUGUGCGUGCCGCCAGUCUGCUAAAAGACAACGAAGAAAAUCGCAAAUUGCAGCGUGAGCUGGCAGAAGCCGCACAGCUACAAAAAACUGGCGGCUACUCGUACAAAGACACUAAGACUCCGACGUUGCCAUCCAGCAAGAAGAAGCGCUUGGCCAGAGGUGGAAACGUAGAAGAUCCCACAGCCGAUCCCCUAGACAUAUCGCUGGCACAUUUGCCGGCGACACCAAAACCCGAACUGCCGGCACAACAGAAGAGAGGCGCCCGCUCGCGGGAUGGCAGUGGCAACCGGUCGCGGGAUGGCAGUGGCAAUCGGUCCCGGGAUGGCAGUGGUAACCGGUCGCGGGACAACAGUAGCGGCCGCAAAAAGCAGCGCGACAAGUCGAAAGGCGGUGAUAAACACGAUGAUGGUGAGCGAAGAUCUGCCAGAUCUCAGUUUAGCCUGCAUGUCUCACCUAAAGAUACGCACACAACUGAUGCAGAAAAGCGGAUCCAUCAGGAGGACCGUGUGAUGCUGCGCAUCAGCGAGCGGCUGCGCGAAUACAUGGAAUACGACUACAACAUGAUCUGCAAGCUUGAAAAGCAGCACGCAUUGCCCGCUCGCACCCCCAUUGUGACCAUAUUGGAGAACUUUGUGAAGCAGCGCGCCGUCGAGCUGGCCAUUGGCAUCAAGCAGGACAGUUCACGAGCCCGCAACACUCUGAGCCGUAAUGCGCGUAUGGAGCGUGAGUACGAUCGUGUGAUGUCCAUCGUGUGCAUGCUGAAGGAAGUCGUGGAUGGGUUACGCAUCUACUUUGAGUUCCACCUCGAGGACCACCUGCUUUACAGAGAGGAAAAGGAUUAUGCCUUGGGCUUCCUCACCGACAACAACAUGAAGAACUGCAGCCUGUUAUUAAACAAAUCCUACGAAUUCAUUAAUCCCAGCGGUGAUAAUGAGCUCAUAUCCAUGGCUGGUAAUGUAAAUGGCACAAAUGGAGUCGACGGCCCUCUACUUGGCGACAUCGAGUACGAGAAUCAGCUGCAAAAGUGCCUUCGGUACAUUGAGAAAAAUAGUGCAAAGAAUAAUAUUGCACUAGCCUAUACCGCCGCCUACAAGCUGCCCAUGGAAAUGCGUGGCUUUCUCCGCGAGACCUUCAGCUGGAGUCUGCUAUCCGAGGAAUCGCCGCCGGAGAAAUCCAUAAUAUUUGGAGCACCGCAUUUGGCGCGCAUGUUAGUGUUAUUACCCGAAUGUCUCAAUGCCUCGCCCAUAUCAAAUGAGAAGCUAGUGGAUCUCCUGCCACAUCUCGACUCGUUCAUUAACUACCUGGAGAACCAUAAGGAAUGGUUCGAUAAGCAGAACUAUGUGGAUCCUUUGAUAGACCAGGGAGAGAAUUAUCUGUUUAAGAAUUUUAAGGAACUUAGAUCCCCGCUAAGCUGUAGAAAAUAGUAGCACCACCCAGGUAUAUCUGCAAUGCUAAUUCAAACUUAAUUUCGUAUAAUUUAAAUUUUAGGCAGCAUAUCCAGCCUCAUAAAGUGUGUACAUUCUUAAUCAGCUUUAAUAGUCCGUCUAUCUAUACGCCUGCCCGUCCGUCUGUACGCCUGCCCGUCCGUCUGUACGCCUGCCCAUCUGUCUAUACGCUUCCCCGUGUGUUUGUCCGUGUGUAUUAACGCGCCGAUCUCAAAAUCCGCGCAGUACGAGUUUUUAAUAAGUUGCCGCGUUUCCGACCAAUUGAUAAUAAUCAAUAUCGAAAUCCUAUUUUUUUUGAGCUAAAAGAAUUUGAUACGUAGAUUCUAGAAUAGUGUAUACAGAUCAAGUAUAUAUAUAGAGUUUUCCUUUUUAAAUUUACUUUUAAAAAGUUUAAAGCAAACGAGCUCGUAGCGCGAGCCACACUUGAUUUUGAAAGAAAAGGGUUCAGGGUAUUCCUUAGUCGGGAACUGCCGGGUAGAGUCUCUUACUUGUUUUAUUUUGUUUUAAUUUAUUUAUUAUGCAUUUUAAAGCUUGAUUUUUUGUUUAUUUAAGUAUUGUAGUUUGUCAUUUUUCAUCAGUACCAAUAUCAAUAUAUAUAUCAAUUAUGAUUUUGGGUUUUAACUACACAAUUUGUAAAUAACGCGCGUCUAUAAAAAGAACUCUCCUACACAUGUAUAAUCGAAUAUGGUCUAAAACUAGAUGUUAAUGUUAAUAUGGAAAAGAUAAUUUUUAACGUUUACUUCCUUUUAAUGCUAAGUUAGAGUUGAGUAGUUUUACUAACUGGUAUUUUUUUUGUUUUUUGUUUUUUUUUUUUUUGUGCUCAAAUACAUAUAUAUUUAAGAAUUUCAACAAUAUUUGUCAUGCCUUAACGAUUAGAAUGUAAGAGGUCCUUGGAAACGAUGAAAAGUGUGCAAAAUAUGUGAAAAACCUUUUGGAUUGAAACACAUUUGUGACGAAUCCACGACGCACCUGUUUCAGCGGUUUCUCAAUCUGGAAUAUUUUACGCGUGUACUUUGGAAUGUGCUGGAAAUCAUCGGACCCAUCGUUGGACCCACUCUAAACUAAUUGCUACUUGGUGUAUAACUGCUCAUAAAUAACUCUGGGAGCCAUGGAUUGGACUUGUGCUACUUUAACAAUAAUAUGGAGUAGUUUGUGCAAAAUCCUGCCUAGAAAUUCGAAAUGUUUUGUAUUAAUUUGUUGUUUUGAUGACGUUUGCUUGGACGGCUUAGAUUAGAUGCGUUUGUAACUUGUUGUCUUUGUUCAAUGAGUUUGUAAACUUGGGACGUUAACUUGGACGAUGCCUCCUAUUCCUACUCAUCCGCG